CGGGCAGUUUUCCAUACGACUCAAUUCAAGAUGGCGGACGUAAAGAGUUCAGUCCAGCCAGGUCCAAGUCCUUUGACAUGCUAUGCGCUGAGAUUAAAGCCAGGGGAUAAUAUUACAGAUAUGUUAAUAAAGUUCGUAGAAGAUAAUAAUCUUAAAGCAGCAUUUGUUCUGUCGUGUGUUGGAAGUGUUACGAGUGCUACUCUACGAAUGGCUAACGCGACUGCCACCACCCCUAACACGAUUAAAGAACUACAUGACAACCGUUAUGAAAUAGUAUCUCUGGUGGGAACAUUAUCAGCCAAUGGUCAUCUUCAUGCAUCAUUAUCAGACAAGGAUGGUAACGUCAUAGGGGGGCAUGUGAUGGGGAACAUGAUUGUAUUUACAACUGCUGAAAUCAUAAUUGGUGAGUGUUCUUGGUUGGUUUUCAACAGACAAAUGGAUGCUGAAACUGGAUUUCCUGAAUUGGUAGUACAGCAACRGCAAUGGUGAUCUGAGAACGAUCAUUUUGUUACAAAU